GAGCUCUCUCUCUUCUCUUCCCCCCCUUUAUAGGGGCGCCACUCUCACCCUCCCCGCUUCGUCUCCAUCACGUCCUCGUCGUUGUCGUUUGUGUGCAUCGAUCUCUCUGCCGAUAAUCCGUUGUAUUUGCGCUCUCUUCCUGAAUUCCUAGCCCUAGCUUAUUCUUCUGGAAGAUCCGUUUCCUGGUGUUGCGAUUCCCAUGGCGGACGAAGCCAAGGCCAAGGGGAACGCCGCUUUCUCCGCUGGGCGGUUCGACGACGCCGUCCAGCACUUCUCCGAUGCGAUUGCCCUUGCCCCGACGAACCAUGUCCUUUAUUCGAACCGUUCUGCAGCCUAUGCCUCCCUCCACAGAUACUCCGACGCGCUUGCAGACGCAAGGAAGACGGUCGAACUCAAGCCCGAUUGGUCCAAAGGCUACAGCCGGCUCGGCGCUGCGCAUGUCGGCCUCGGCUCCCUCGAAGAGGCCGUAUCUGCUUAUCGGAAGGGCCUUGACAUUGAUCCCAGCAACGAGGCUCUGAAGUCGGGACUGGCCGAUGCGCAGUCGGCGCUCGCCAGCCGUAACCGGAGCCGAGGAUCCGCCGGUGGGUCGCCGUUCGGAGAUAUCUUCCAGGGUCCAGAAGUGUGGGCGAAGCUCACUGCUGAUCCAGCGACGCGCGCGUAUCUGCAGCAGCCGGACUUCCUCAAGAUGAUGCAGGACGUGCAGAAGAAUCCUAGCAAUCUCAACUUGUACUUGCAGGAUCCGCGGAUGAUGCAAGCCUUGGGCGUUUUACUCAACAUAAAACUGAAGUCGGGGACGCCGGAGGAGAUGGAGAAAGAUGUGCCUUUAACGGCCACACCCAGUGACAGGGAAGAGAAGGAAGGGGCACAACCGAAGAAGGAGCCGGAGCCUGAGCCUGAGGCGGAGCCCAUGGAUGUGACCGAGGAGGAGAAGGAGGUGAAGGAGAGGAAAGCAGAGGCUCAGAGAGAGAAGGAGGCAGGCAAUGCAGCUUAUAAGAAGAAGGAAUUUGAGAAGGCUGUCCAGCACUACACGAGGGCAAUGGAACUUGAUGACCAGGAUAUAUCCUAUCUGACUAAUAGAGCUGCAGUUUACUUGGAAAUGGGAAAGUAUGAUGAAUGCAUCAAAGACUGUGAUAAGGCUGUCGAAAGAGGGAGAGAGCUUCACUCAGACUUUAAGAUGAUUGCGAGGGCACUAACCCGGAAAGGAACUGCCUUGGUGAAGCUUGCCAAAUGCUCAAAAGAUUUUGAACCAGCUAUUGAAAUUUUCCAGAAGGCAUUGACGGAACAUAGGAAUCCAGAUACCUUGAAGAAGCUUAAUGAUGCAGAAAAGGCAAAGAAAGAUUUAGAGCAACAAGAAUAUUUUGAUCCAAAACUGGCAGAUGAAGAACGUGAGAAAGGUAACGAAUACUUCAAGGAACAGAAGUAUCCAGAAGCUGUGAAACAUUACACGGAAGCCAUUAAGAGGAACCCCUGUGACCCAAAGGUCUACAGCAAUAGAGCUGCUUGCUACACCAAGCUGGGCGCAUUGCCUGAAGGAUUAAAGGAUGCUGAGAAGUGCAUUGAGCUCGACCCGUCAUUCUCAAAGGGAUACUCAAGAAAGGCUGCGAUACAAUUCUUUAUGAAGGAGUAUGACAAGGCACUGGAAACCUACCAAGAGGGUUUGAAACAUGACAAGAACAAUCAAGAGCUGCUGGAUGGCGUCCGGCGGUGUGUUGAGCAGAUCAACAAGACCAACAGGGGUGAGAUAAGUGCUGAGGAGCUGAAGGAGAGACAGGCAAAGGCGAUGCAGGACCCUGAGAUCCAAACUAUCCUCUCGGACCCUAUUAUGAGACAGGUACUACUUGAUUUCCAGGAAAACCCGAAAGCAGCACAAGACCACCUCAAGAAUCCCCAGGUGAUGCACAAGAUACAGAAGCUGGUGAGCGCUGGCAUAAUUCAAGUCAGAUGAUAAGGUCCGUGCAGAGAGGGCAGAAUAGCCUCGUCAUGAAUUUGUCGCUGCUGUUCUUAUCUAUUUAAGUCAACCGUGUUCAUGAACUGAAGUUUUGGAAAGCAAUGUAAUUUGUUUUGGCGUUCUA